AUGUCAUUUAUUCAUAAGGUGUCUUUAUUUAAUAUACUACCAAUCAGUGUUUUUAUUUAUUUGGAUAUACAUAGGCGCUUAGUAACAUAUUUUACCUAAAUAGUAACGAUGACGAACAAAACUAUUGGUGCUCUGCCACUAUUGCCAGAUCAACGACCACCUAAGUUUCCUGCUAGUCUUGGAGCUUGCCUCACUAGAAACGGCGACGAAUCACACUUACGGAUACUCCAAAGACAAUAUGGCGAUUGGAACAGACGUGAACGAAGUACUUACAGAGGACCGGAGAGGAAGAUCACUGAUAGUCCGAGAAGACGAAGGGAUGGGCGAUUCCUUAGCCAGAGCCAGAGAUCUGCGAUUUUCAAAAGUUAUUUAACAGAACACCACGAUCAAAAGGACUUAAACAGAUUUCGGCACAUUGCUCGAACUGUUAGAAUCAUUGCAUCUGUUUGCUUGGGCCUUAAAAGUUAUGUAAAGAAGAAAACUAGCCAUGAUUGGUCGUUUAUAGAGAUGUAUUUAUAUGUACAAAAAGAUAUGAAAGACACGUUGGUCUUUAAUCCCUACAACUUUCUUAAUGAUGAAAGUCCACCAACUGGCAAUGAAAGAUUAAAACGUGCUCUUACAAUGUUACCAUCACUCAGAACACCAGCAGAUAUAUUAUUGAUAUUGACUUUUAUCAGAAAUAAUAAAUCGUUCAAAGAUUAUCCACCGUAUACACAGAUAGAGAUGUGUAAAUGUAUGAUACUACAAAAUUAUGAAUCUCGACGUAUAGUAAUCAAACAAGGACAAAUGGCGUCUGCGUUUUAUGUUGUUAUGUCUGGUACGUUGUUGAUCAAUGUCACUGAAAUCAACCCACACACAGGAAAGAAAUUCUACAGAUCAUGUGCUGAAUUAAAGGAAGGUAACUGUUUUGGGGAGGUGGGUUUAUUAGAGAGAUGUACUAGAACAGCUAGUGUAAUAUGUAAAACAGAUUGUCAACUACUAUUGAUAUUACAAGAUGAUUUUGAUAGAUUGAUUAGACAACCUUUAUUACAACAAAGACAAGAUCAUGUUACAUUCUGUCAGAGUAUUAGUCUAUUCCAGCAUUUUCCUUGCGAAAAACUUGAGUCAAACCAAAUAGAAUUCUUCUAUCAGUAUUUUCCGAAAGAAACCAUAAUAGCAUCAGAAGCGGGAGAAAUUAAAUAUUUGAUUGUCAUCAUGACAGGAAAAUGUCGGUUAAUCAACUGCAUUGACGUGACCAAUACUAAAAACAAGAUUAGCUUACCUAAUCAAUAUAACAUGAAUAACAAUAUGAGGCGUAACCCAAUACGUAGAGGCUUCAGAAAGAGAUCGGAAAUAAUAGACUUGAUUGUCAACAACAGGUCGAUUUUUUCUGACACCAGAUCGAAUUCUUAUAUGAAGGAUACUCUUUCAAAAAAGAACAAAGAGAGUUCAGAUAUUGGCGGACCUCCAAGACUAUUAAAAUCGCGAACAGUAAAUAAUUUUUACGAAGAAAAUGAAAAGAACAUUAAGAUAAAAGAUGAUACGACAUCCAAUCAAGUAUUUGCACAGUUAGCUGAAUUAACACCUGGAUCUGUUUUUGGUUUAGAAUCUAUAGUUAAUGGUGAAAGAAGGGGUUUAAAGAUUAUUAGUGAUGGUGUAGAGUGUUUGUUUGUAUCUAAAAGAUUAUUUCUUCACGAGGCUAAUAUUAAAGUUUUAAGUAUUGUCAAUGACAUGGUUAUGACGUUUCCAUCUGAAGAAGAAAUAACUAGUCGAGUUGAAGAACAUCGUAACUGGUUAAACUAUAAACAACGAAUUGUGAGAAAAUCGCUUCAUAACUCAAAAUAUUUGUCACGACAAAAGACUGUUAUAUAAAGUAAAUAUAUUCGACGAACGCACUAUGUAAUAUAUGGGGAGGUGAAGAUCAUUUAACAAAGAUCGAAACUUCUCAAAUCUAUUUAUCCUAUAGGUUGUUGUUAUUAUGACACCAUAAACCGAAACAUCUGACAUCUAUUGAUAGGUUUAGGUUGUUGUUAUUAUGCCACCAUAAACCGAAACAUCUGACAUCUAUUGAUAGGUCCAGGUUGUUGUUAUUAUGACGCCAUAAAUCGAAACUUCUGACAUCUAUUGAUAGGUCUAGGUUGUUGUUAUUAUGACGCCAUAAACCAAAACUUCUGACAUCUAUUGAUAAUUCUAGGUUGUUGUUAUUAUGCCACCAAAGACCGAAACUUCUGACAUCUGUUGAUAAGCUAUAUUAUUAUAUGUAUGACACUUAUACACUGCAACUACUGUGCACACGAAAGACUAAUUGUUUUGCCCGACAGGUUAUCACCGACGAGCAAACGGGCCUGGUGUACGCAGUUUAUAAUAUAAUAGAAUGCAAAGAUACAGAUUUUUCAAUCUGAUUCAACCAAAGCCAGUGUGGCUCCAUUAACUAAAUGAAAUUCCCAGUUUUGCCCACGUAGAAAAAUUAUAAAUUAUUUAGUGGGUAUGAAACCUGAUGCUCAUUUGGUUGUUUUCGUUAUUUAGAAAAUAGCUCUAAUGUGUUGUAACAAAGACACAAUAUUUAAAAAAAAAAAAAAAUUGUAAAAUAAAUAUGGUAGUUUUUAUGCACUAUAAAAGAAGAAUAUAAUAAAUAUCACAGACAAUAAUGGUUAAACAUACAUUAUGCAAGAGCUAAAUCUACCUAUUGCAGGACUUUCCUUAGGCCUGAAAUGUUAUCUCAAUUAUUAAUUAGACAUUAAUUAACUUAUCCAGACUAUAAUCAAC